AUGCAGUGGGUACCUCUUCCUGACUUUCACAUGUCUUCAGAUGCUGCUGGUGUACGGGGUUAUGGGGCCAUUUUUAAUGACCAGUGGUUUGUUGGUGAAUGGUCCUCUGCUCAACAACCUUUGUCUAUCGCAUAAAAGGAAUUAGUAAAAUCCAACUAGUGGUCUAUUAUCAAUGCUGCGUUCUGACAACGUUAUACUAUGGGCUGCCUGUUGUGUUGGCUUCUUUGGCUUCCUCAGAGGUGGUGAAUUUAGAGUCAAUAGUCCUUUUGAUCCUUCUCUGCAUUUGACUCUUGAUGACAUACAGGUUGAUGCCCCUUUGAACCCUAAAAGUGUUUGCUUGUUUAUCAAGUGCUUCAAGAUAGACCCUUUGCGAAAGGGCUGCUUCGUCCUUCUUGGUCAUGGUUCCACCCCUCUAAGCCCUGUGGUUUCCUUGGUAAAUUACCCUCACCUUCAUGGACUGAGCCCUGGACCUCUAUUUCUUUAUCAAGAUAGCACUCCUCUUUCUAGAUCGAAGCUCUCUGCCUUCUUAAAAUCUACACUACAGUCAAAUUUCUCUGGUCAUAGCUUUCGAGUUGGGACCGCUACUACUGCCGCCAGCCGAGGAAUUCCUGACUAUCUUAAUAAAACUAUGGGUUGCUGGUCAAGCAAAACUUAUUUGCUGUAUGUGCAGACU